CAUUUCAACCACUAGAGAGCAGCGCGCGGCUGAACAGAGAAGAUGAAAGCGAAGAAGAAGAAAUGCGGAAGUGCGCGUGAUGUAAACAAUCCAGUCACUGAGCCGAUUUCAAAGAAAACCCCCAGUUUAAAGUCCUUUUCGUGGCCAUCCGAGUGCGGCCAACAUGCCGUAUCUAGGCGGUGAGGAGACGGUGAGGGAGCUGAAGAGAGCUCUGUCCAACCCCAACAUCCAGUCCGACGCUCUGCGCUACAGAAACAUCAUCUUCAAAGUCAUCAGGGUGAUGUCACAGGGUGUGAACGUGUCAGACCUGUUCAGUGAGAUGGUGAAGGCUUGUGCCACCGUAGAUGUUGUCCAGAAGAAACUGGUGUAUGUCUUCCUGUGUUCCUACGCCACUUUAAACCCGGAACUGUCCCUGCUGGUCAUCAACACGCUGAGGAAAGACUGCCAGGACCCGAAUCCCAUGGUCCGCAGUCUGGCCCUGAGGAACAUGAGCAACCUCAGGUUGCCCAGCCUGGUGGAGUAUGUGGAGCAGCCUCUGGCAGCAGGACUGAGAGACAGAGCCGCUUGUGUGCGCCGGGUGGCUGUGCUCGGCUGGGCCAAACUGCACAAUCUCCAACCAAACUCUGACAUAGACGCCACUGUGGUGAACGAGCUGUACAACCUGCUCAGGGACCCGGACCCUGUGGUGAUGGUGAACUGCCUCCGAGCCCUGGAAGAGAUCCUGAAGGAGGAAGGGGGAGUCGUCAUUAACAAACCCAUCACCCAUCACCUUCUCAACAGGCUGAAAGACUGUGACAUUUGGGGCCAGUGUGAGGUGCUGAGGGUCCUCCAGCGCUACCAUCCCCAGUCCGAGGACGAGCUCUUUGACAUCCUGUCCCUGCUGGACACCUCCCUGAUCAGCUCUCAUCCUCCGGUCAUGGCCGCCACCCUCAGCCUCUUCUUGAGCCUCAGCUCCGGCCUGCCCGCUGUCAGCUUGGCGGCCCUCCAGCGAGUCUGCGGACCCCUGCUGGCUGCUUGUGGGAGUGGGUCGAGAGAGAUGAAGUUUGCUGCUCUCUGCCACAUACAGUUGCUGUUGCGUUCCGUACCUGGCCUGAUGGCGGCGCACUACAAGCGUUUCUUCUGCGGCUACGCUGAGCCGGCCUUCAUCAAGCAAAGGAAAAUGCAGGUACUGGUGGAACUGGUGAACGAUGAGAACGUUGCGAUGUUACUGGAUGAGCUGAAGGGAUACUGCACUGAUGUCAACACGGACACAGCACAGGCUGCAAUCACGGCUAUAGGUCGUAUCGGACGAAGCUACAGUGACAGGUGUCUGAAGAUCCUCACCGAGCUGCUCCACCUCAAACAGGAUCACAUCACUUCUGCGGUGGUGCAGACCAUGCGGGACCUGGUCUGGGUGUGUCCUCAGUGCAGUGACACAGUGUGUUGUGCUCUGGAGGGCUGUGAGGAAACGCUGACAGACAGCCAGGGCAAGCAGGCCUUGUUGUGGCUGCUGGGCGUGUACGGCGAGCGAGUCUCUGGCGCUCCCUACACCUUAGAGGUGUUCAUCGAUGGCGUAAGGACCGAGGCUUUUCUGGGCGUCAAGAUGGAGCUGCUGACCGCCACCAUGAGACUGUUUCUGUGUCGGCCUGCUGAGACACAAGACAUGCUGGGAAGACUGCUGCACUACUGUAUAGAGGAGGAGACAGACAUGUGUGUGCGGGACCAGGCGUUUCUCUACUACCGCCUGUUGCAUUGUGGGAUGGAAGAGACACGAAAGGUCCUUCAAGGUCGGAAAUCAGAUCCUUCUCUGGGUGUUUUGAUUGGCCGUCCAGCUGAGCCCAUCAGCCAAUGGGCAUGCAGCUUUAACACCCUGCAGCCUCUGAGGCAUGGCACUGAGUCAGCCAGCAGGGGAAGCCCUGAACAUGUGGCCCCCAAACUCAAGCCAAGCUCAGACCUGUGCAACACACUGGACUGUAGCCAGACUGAGACGGCUCAUCCUGGCUCAGACUGGGCCGGUCAGCAUUCAGACUCCUCCCCCCUCUCUUUAUCCGUCUCUCCGGCUGUCAGCCCCGAGGAGUUCGAGCGACUGUGGCUGCAGCGACAAGGUGCUGACGCAGCUGAAGAGUGUGAGGACUGUGUGUGGAUAGAAGAACGCAUCCAGUGUCCAGCUGUGCCUCGGUGCUACCCACAAAACCUCCAGGCUGCCAUGCAGCUGGUCAACAUCCAGACGCUGGCCUUCACACCACCGCACACACUCCCCUGGAGGGUCUUUCUUUACACGCACACACAGCACACAGGAAACCUCCACACCCCCCGCAGCACGCUGAUACUGGGGGAGCUGCUGUACGCUGGGGAGGCGGGUGAGACACGAGGAGCGUGGAAAGGCAGAGCUGAUGGAGACGGGGAGGUAGAAUCUGACACAGCAGCUGGUGGGCUGGGAGAGAGAGAAGAUGGAUGGGAAGAAGAGGAAGUAACAGUGACUCUGAAACAGCAGCCAAGAGAUGCUAAAGCUCUGACGAGGUUUCUGUCAAUCCUUACAUCUGUCCUGCACACACUGUCCUCAGAAAAGCCCUGAAUUCUUCACACAGAUAUUAUUUAUUUCUACCUGCUACAAACAGGAAGCUUACUCUGCUCAGUCAAAUCCAAACACUUUUCUUUUCAAGGUUUUCCAGCACCUCAUGUUGAUGACUGAAAAAUAAAAGUUUUGGUCACUUUGGAAACAAAAAAUUGGCUCAUUUUAGAUCAUAGAAAAUACAUGUUGAAAAUAAAAUGUACAGUUUCAUAAAUAAAAAUCUUAGCUUGAA